GGGGACCGGAGCCGGCGAGGCGUGAUCGCCCGAGGCCCCUCCUGCCUGCCGGGAAGCCUUAAAGCAGGGCGGCGGGGUGUGGAGCCCCGCACUCGGAGCCCCGACGCCCGGGCAGAAGCGCCGAGCCGAGCCGAGAGCCGCUCCGCUGCAGCCGCCGCCAUGCAGAGCACCGUGAGGCUGUGGGUGUCGGUGCUGACUUUCGCCCUGUCGCUGCUGGUCUGCCUGGGGACGCUGGCAGAGGCGUACCCCUCCAAACCGGACAGCCCCGGCGAGGACGCCCCCGCAGAGGACAUGGCCAGAUACUACUCGGCGCUGAGGCACUACAUCAACCUCAUCACCAGGCAGAGAUAUGGGAAGAGGUCAAGCCCAGAUACACUGAUCUCAGACCUCUUGUUGAGGGAAAGCACAGAAAACAUUCCUAGAUCCAGGUUUGAAGACCCUUCGAUGUGGUGAUGGGAUUUUCAGCACACCUUCAGAACUUUUCGUAGUUUUCAGUUCUACACCUCUGAAGAAAAUCAUAACCUCAUCCCCAGUGCAUGCAGCCAUUGUAUUCUGUAGAGUUUCUCUCCUUUGUCAUAUUUGUAUAUAUUCCUUUAUUUAAAUAAAUUAUUUGUGCAUUCCAAAAUAUAACAUACUAAAUGAAAACAAACAACCAUGUCAUUGGUAUAACAAAGCAUUGUUUUAAACUAUUAAAACUGAAUUACAACUUC